AUGCUUAGUCCAUCAAGGAACGCCCAUGAUUCUUAUUCUUCCUACGGAAAGAAUAAGAAUCGGCAAGCAUUAUCAGCAUAUGGAAGUAAUGGGUCUGUUCAAUUGAACAAGCAAAAGGCCCCAAAGAUUACUUGCAAAUUGCUCCUUCUUUCCCUUCUUGAGAGUAUUUGCAAAUUGUCCCAAAAGAACCCGGAAAACUCGCAAAAUAUGUUCUUGUAUAUCGCCUAUUCCUUGCGCAACUCGGGUUUAGUAGACGAUGAAUUUUCCAAGGAUUAUGAAGCAAUUCGAGUAGCAUAUUCAGGUGCUCUUCAUGAACUUUUAGCACAAGCUCACAAUGCUAAUAUUUCCCAUGUUCCCAAUGAACAGCUUCUUUCCCUGAAUAAACCUUCUUCAUUUAUGAGUUCCUUAUCAAAUGAAUCUGCUUAUUCCACUUGCGAAGAACCUUUUGAAUCAGCUCCUUUUCCGGAUUCUGUGGAUGCAUUUGCCAAUAUUGUCAAUCACGUGUCCUCCCACUCAGACGUUUCGGAUAGUACUUUUUUGAAGAAUUCUCCUCUAAAUCUCUCUAGAUUAGAGGAUUAUUUAUCGCCAAACAGCUCCAAUUUUGAAAAACUUUACAAUGUUCAGAAAUCUCGCUAUUCUUCUGAUUUCGAAGAACUUGAAUUACUUGGUAAAGGUGGCUACGGUUACGUGUACAAGGCACGUAACAAAUUUGACGGUGUUGAUUAUGCUUUAAAAAAGAUUCCCCUUACAUUAAGGUCGCUAUCUUCUUCAAAUAUGUUCCGUGAGUCUCGAAUUUUGGCUCGCCUUAAUCAUCCGAACAUCAUUCGCUUCUAUUCUAGCUGGGUUGAGAUUGAACCUUAUCAUCACAACGAUCCUGCUGAGUUCGAUUCUACUUGCACGGAAGACUUGCUAGGUUCACGAAGUAAUGAUUCGAAUGGCGCUGAUAAUCUUUUAUUCGAUAUAGAAACUGAUUCUUUAAAUCAUGGUUACUCAAAUACCAAUUCCGUUCAGGUGGUCUUCGAAGAAGAUUCUUACGUGAAAAAAAUCGACCCAUCUUUUUCAACGAAGCAAUCGACUUGUAGUUUGGCGGCUUUGUUUUCUGGUUAUAAAGACACUGAGCCAGAAUAUUCUAAAAGCCAUUCUUUUGAGAAAUCGUUUGCUGACGAUGACUUUCUAUAUUAUGGAAAAGAGAACCGUUCUGAAAGGCUUGAUAAAUUCUCCCUGUCAUCUAAGAACGAGAAUUCAAUGACGCAUGAUGUCCCUUGCUUUGAUCAGAGGCCUAUUUGCCUUUACAUUCAAAUGGCUUUGUGUGAAGAAACACUCGAAAUUCACCUAAACAAAAGAAAUAAGCACUUUCGGGGUAUGCUUCCAAAAAACCUUCGUAAUCGAUACAUUUUGCUGUUUUCUAGAAUACUGGAGGGUGUUAUGUAUCUUCAUAACGUUAUGGAUUUGGUUCAUCACGAUUUGAAGCCAAGGAACAUUUUUCUAUCUUCAAGUGCUUCAUCCGAACAAGGCUCGGUUCGUCUGCCCUGUUUUACCGGGAAACCUCUAGUUGAGAACGAACCUUUUGAAAAUAGAUUUUUUGUCCCAAAAAUUGGUGAUUUUGGCUUGGUGCUCUCGCAAUCAGAUGUUGGGGAGUCGUCUGAAGAAAACGGGGGAUUCUAUUUUGCUGGCACCCAUACUUAUGCCGCACCAGAGAUGUUGUCAAGGCAUAUGAAAGCUCAAUCUAUUAAGAAUAGUACCGCGAUUGACGUUUACGCUCUUGGAAUCUUGUUCUUUGAACUUUUGUAUCCAUUUGGUACCCGCAUGGAAAGGGUUUCUUUGAUUAACAAUUUGAAAAAGGGUCUUCUUCCUGAAGAAUUUCUCGAGCAAAUGCCUGGGGAGGCAAGUCUUAUACUGUCCAUGCUAAGCAGUCCAGCGAAAAGACCUACCGCUGCACAAAUACUGAAGACCCCUAUUUUUAGCAAUAUGGCGGUCAAUGAACUUCACCUGUAUGAAGCUCUUUUGGAUGAUGCUCAGCAACAAAACAAGACUUUAAAGAAAGAGCUGGAAGCUAUGAAAAUGAGGAUGGACAGUACUUCCAAUUGA